GAACUUCUUUGCAGAAGAAUAUUUUCCCAGAACUAGAGGAUCAUGAGGAAACCAAGACUCAUCUGUUUAAUGCUAAUAGCUGUUGUGGGAGCGACUGCGAGCAACACACAGGAAUUUGAAGGCAAUGACGAGGAAACCGAAGAAUUCAUUUACAUGAACAGGUACAAGCGUUCCAGCGACAGCCAGGACAAAUGCACGUACACCUUCAUCGUACCUCAGCAGAGGGUGACGGGUGCCAUUUGCGUUAACUCGAAGGAACCUGAAGUUCUACUUGAAAACAGGGUAAAUAAGCAAGAACUACAGUUACUUAACAAUGAACUCCUCAAACAGAAGAGACAAAUAGAAACUCUCCAGCAGCUGGUAGAGGUGGAUGGUGGGAUCGUUAAUGAGGUUAAACUCUUAAGAAAAGAGAGCAGAAAUAUGAACUCUCGUGUCACACAGCUCUACAUGCAGUUACUACAUGAAAUCAUCCGAAAACGUGACAAUGCCUUAGAACUCUCUCAGCUGGAGAACAAGAUCUUGAACCAAACCGCAGAUAUGUUACAGCUGGCAAACAAAUACAAAGACUUGGAGCACAAGUACCAACAUUUGAUGUCAAUUGCCAAUAAUCAGUCGGUGAUAAUCGCCCAACUGGAAGAACACUGCCAGAGAAUGCCGUCGGUGAAGCCGCUGCCGCAAACCCCACAGCCACCAAAUAAAGUGUACCAGCCUCCCGCUUACAACCGCAUCAUUAACCAGAUAGCUACCAACGAGAUUCAGAGUGAUCAGAACUUGAAGGUUCUGCCACCUACCCUACCGACCAUGCCUGCAGUUACCAGCGUUCCGACGUCAACAGACAAACCGUCCGGGCCCUGGAGAGACUGCCUACAAGCGCUGGAAGACGGCCACGACACCAGCUCCAUCUACCUUGUAAAACCCGAGAACACGAACCGGCUGAUGCAGGUCUGGUGCGACCAGCGGCACGACCCCGGCGGCUGGACAGUCAUCCAGAGGCGGCUGGAUGGCUCUGUCAACUUUUUCAGGAACUGGGAGACGUACAAGCAAGGCUUCGGUAACAUUGAUGGAGAAUACUGGCUCGGAUUAGAAAAUAUCUACUGGCUAACGAAUCAAGGCAACUACAAACUGCUGAUCACAAUGGAAGACUGGUCAGGUCGGAAGGUGUUCGCGGAGUACGCCAGCUUCAGGCUGGAGCCGGAGAGCGAGUAUUACAAGCUGAGACUGGGACGCUACAACGGCAACGCCGGGGAUUCUUUCACUUGGCACAACGGUAAACAGUUCACCACGCUGGACCGGGACCACGACGUAUACACAGGUAACUGUGCUCAUUACCAGAAGGGAGGAUGGUGGUACAACGCCUGCGCUCAUUCAAACCUCAACGGAGUCUGGUAUCGCGGAGGACACUACCGCAGCCGAUACCAGGAUGGUGUUUACUGGGCUGAAUUCCGGGGCGGAUCAUACUCACUAAAGAAAGUUGUUAUGAUGAUAAGACCUAACCCCAACACAUUCCACUGAGAUCAUUCUUCUCUCGGUUUGCUUUCUGUUCAACCAUCACCUAACGCUAGGAUGUCGCUACCCGGAAUUGUCUGUUCAGAAGGGAGGAAUGUAAGAUACUGUACAUUUAUUGCUAAGAUGUGA